CUGACCAGUCUGCCCGGAGAACUGCGAACCACUCAGCAUCCAGUGGCAGGGCAACUUUUACAUCGAUCUUUGCCACCCCUUUGGCUUGCGAUCCCAUUCCUUGCCCCUUGCCCUUACUUCUGUAAUCUCUUGGCCGACGCCUUUGAGUGGCUACUGAAGAACAACUAUCACAUUCAAGACCUCAUGCAUGAAAGUGAUAACUAUUUUACGGUUGGUUCUCCCAAUUCGUCGGUGUGCGCCCAGAAUGUGGAAACCAUCCCUGAUGUAGCUUCUCAAGUGGGCAUACCCUUGACCCCAUACAAACUUGUAGGACCCACCACCCGUUUGGUUUUUCUAAGUAUCCUCACCUUACUUGCUGAAUCGGAAUUCCUCCCCCCGACCAGCAAUGUUAUCUCCAUAAAUAUAGGUCUCAAAACAGCUCUAUACUGCGCAUAAACAAUUCCAAAGACUUCCUAAAGAUUCAUGUGUAUUUCUAACCUGAAUUUAUUGAGAAAAGCUCAGACCAUUAGCUCAUAAAACCGGACCAUUCACCCAAAGAUUUCAAAAAAAGCCAAUCACAUGUUACCCGGAUACUUUAAUACAUUCUCAAAAGUCUCCAGGGCGUUUUUCCAGUUCGCUAAGAUUCGCAUCAGAAUGAGAAUGUUCUACGCCCCGGUUUGCCUUUUUGACAAAAAUAAUGGUAAAGUCUUCUUCAUCCGUCAGACUGUUUACAAUUUCUAUGUGGUGCACUGGGCAUAUUGAAUAAUGAAGCUCCAGUAUGUUGUGAAAAUUAUCAGUCUAAAAUUAAUUGGACACCUUCCCUCUGUAGUUGGGUUAUCCUGCAGCUAUUUAAAGAAGGGAGACCCUACAACAGAAAGUGGAAAUUACAAUAUUGAUCCAGAUGGCGAGGGAGAUCUGGAGCCAUUCUCAGUGUACUGUGACAUGACUAACAAGAAUGGAGUUGGUGUGACAGUCAUAAGUCACGACAGUGAGAGCAGGACUACUGUGGAUGGAUAUGAAGGUCAAGGUAGUUACUCACGUGAUAUUAAUUACACAGGAGCGAGUCUUUCUCAGCUGGCCAGUCUCACCAGUGUCUCCUUACACUGCGAACAGUUUAUCAAGUACAAGUGUCGCCACUCAGGUUUUUGGUUUGACGAUCCAUACGGAUGGUGGGUGUCGCGUGAUUCUACUAAGAUGACCUAUUGGGGUGGAGCAUCGCCAGGAAGUGGCAAGUGUGCAUGUGGGAUGAACAACUCAUGUGCAGCAAACGGGCGCUGCAACUGUGAUGCGAAUGACAAUGUAUGGCGUGAAGACAGCGGUCUCCUCACGGACAAGACAAAGCUUCCAGUAAAACAGCUCAGGUUUGGCGAUACAGGUGAAAGUCAUGAGAAAGGUUACCACACUCUUGGAAAAUUCAAGUGUUAUGGCACAGCAUAA